CUGAGAGCAGGGAGGGGGGCUCCAUGUUAGCAGUGGAACAGGAACAUCUGCUGGAUGCCAUUCCGCCACAGGGAGGGGCCCUGUGCUGGUUGCCAUGGUGACAGAGUCUCCAGUAUCUCUGCAAUGGACUCUGACCAACACAUGACUGACUGAACCUGUAAUAAGCUGAUAAAACAGGCAGUCAUAAAUAUUAACAAGCAAACAAACUGUCUAUGCAUGCAGAAAUGUGGAGAACCUUUGAUCUGUCUGCUUGGCUAUCUUUGUGUAGAAACUCCCCUCCAACUCUCUCCUCUCCACCCCUCUCACUGAUUCAACAGUCUCUGCUCAGCCUGCUUGUCUAAACCUGGCCUCAGUCCCAAACCCCACCUCUUAGAGUUUUACACAACUCCAAGAAAUCAGCACAGUGAAGUUUCUGUUGUGAAAUCGUCAGUCUCUGUGUCUCUCUGCAGCAAGAAUGGCUUCAAACUUGUGGUCAGAGGACCACUUGAAUUGUCCAGUGUGUCUGGAGCUAUUGAAGGACCCAGUCGCUAUUCCAUGUGGACACAGUUACUGUAUGGGGUGUAUUAAGAACUGCUGGGAUCAGACUGAUCAUACAGGUGUCUACAGCUGCCCCCAGUGCAGAGAGACCUUUACCCCAAGGCCUGUUCUGCGCAGAAACACCGUGCUGGCUGAAGUUGUGGAGAAAUUAAAGAAGACAGGACUCAAUCCUCCUCCUGCUCAAAGUUAUGCUGGACCUGGAGAUGUGCCGUGUGAUGUCUGCACUGGGAGAAAGUUCAAAGCUGUGAAAUCCUGUUUGACGUGCCUGGCCUCUUACUGUGAAACACACGUCAAGCCACACAGUGAGGUUACUCCAUUAAAGAGGCACAAGCUGAUCAAUGCAAUUGGAAAUCUGGAGCAGAAGCUUUGUGCUGAACACCAUCGAUUAUGUGAAGUCUUCUGUAGAACCGAUCAGACGUGUAUUUGCUUGUUGUGUUCACAAAAUGAACACAAGAGCCAUGAUACAGUCUCAGCUGAGGCAGAAAGGACUGGCAAACAGAAGCAGCUGGGAGAGACACAGACAGAAAUACAACAGAGAAUCCAGGAGAGACUGAAAGAAACUGAGCAUCUGAAACAGACUGUGGAGUCACUGAAAACAUCUGCAUGCAUAGAAAUAAAGGAAAGUGAGAAGAUCUUUACUGAGCUGAUCCGAUCCAUUGAGAAGAUCCACACUGAGGUUAUUGAGCUGAUUGGAGCUAACGAGAAGGCUGCAGUGAAUCAGGCUGAAGGACGCAUGAAGAAACUGGAGCAGGAGAUUGCUGAGCUAAGGAGGAGAAACGCUGAGCUGAAACAGCUUUCAGAGACAGAGGAUCACAUCCAUUUUCUACAGAAUUUCCAGUCUUUCUGUGCCCCUCCUGAAGCUGGAGACUUACCCAGCAUUACUGUCAAUACAGACAUCUCUUUUGGGGCUGUGAGGAAAGCUGUAUCUGAACUUAAAGACCAUAUUGAGGACUUCUGCAAAGGGGAAUUAGUCAAAAUAACCAAAACAGUGAAUGAAGUUGCAGUUUACAGUCUGCAGGCUCCACAGCCAAGGAACAGAGCUGAGUUUUUAAAAUCAAAGGAAAAGUGUGAAGAGGAAAUGAAGGACCAGCCUCGACGAAGACGCAGUAAUGAGAUGGACCGUCCUAUCACUGUGCAGAUGCCCGGCCCCAUUGCCCGCUCUUCAUGGUGGACACGAUGGAUCUCCCCCCUUCUAAUGAAUGAAGUUGCAGUUUACAGUCUGCAGGCUCCAGAGCCAAGGAACAGAGCUGAGUUUUUAAAAUAUUCCUGUCAGCUCACACUGGACCCCAACACAGCGCAUAGAGAGCUCUGUCUGUCUGAAGGGAACAGAAAGGUGACAUGGACGAGAGAGACCCAGAGAUAUCCUGAUCACUCAGAGAGAUUUGACAGCCAGACCCAAGUGCUUUGCAGAGAGGGUUUGUCUGGGACUCGCUGUUACUGGGAGAUUGAGUGGAGUGGGGGAGGGGCUGAUAUAGGAGUCACAUAUAAAGGAAUCAGCAGGAAAGGAUGGGAUCGUUCCUGUGCCCUUGGAUUCAAUGACAAGUCCUGGAGUUUGUUCUGCUCUGGUUCCAGUUACACUGCCCGGCACAAUAACAAUGAAACUACAAUAACUGCCCCCCCCUCCCCCAGAAUAGGAGUGUAUCUGGACUUUAAUGCCGGCACGCUGUCCUUUUAUGGCGUCUCUGACACAAUGACCCUCCUGCACAGAUUCCAAACCACAUUCACUGAGCCGCUCUAUCCUGGGUUUUGGCUUUUUUAUGAUUCCCCUGUAACAAUCUGCCAGCUGAACUAGACUGUUUUGUGUCGUAAGAAACCCUUUGUAUUGAACUCCCUGUCUGUCCUCUCCACUCCUCGGGUGAAGGGAAUGUUCAAUCUGACACAACUUUGGAUGAAAGUUAGGGGGUAAAACGGCGCCACCUGCAGAGCGAAACGAGGUGAAUUAUUUGUUUUUAGCAACGAAUGGAUUUCAUACGAAGUAACUGUAUUUAAUUUAUUUUUUAAGAAUUGUUAUGUUUUAUAUAUAUUUUAAAAAAUGGCAUCCAAUAGUCAGUGCUGUAACAGUUUUUAAAAAAAGUGAACUUAAGUUUGCUUUAUUGUGUGUGUGUUUUUGUUUUUUGAUUUCCAUAAAAUGUUUAAUAUUUCAGAUUUUAGUAAUGUGAUUUAAUAAA